AUGACAACCAAAAUAUUAUCAAUUGACCAUACUAAAGAACCAUUACUCACUUCAAUUUCUGCUUAUAAAGGUGACAAAGCUCGUUAUGAGAAAGAAUGGGUCCCAAAGAUCAAGGCUUAUAACAAGAAACUAUCUGAUGCAAUCCCAAAAGAAAACUUAGCUCCUGAAAGUUUAGUGCCUGCGGAUUUAGAUAAUGCUGCUUUCAAUGCAACUACUGUUCCUGAAAAGGUUCUUGAUGAUCAAAGUAUCAAGAUUACAAACUUGACUGCUACAGAAAUUGCUACCAAGGUUGCUAAAAGUGAACUAACCUCUUUAGAGGUGAUCACUGCUUUCAUCAAACGUGCCACUAUUGCACAUCAAUUGACAAAUUGUGCUAUGGAAAUCUUAUUUGAUGAUGGUAUCAAAAGAGCUAAAUACUUAGAUGAUUAUAUUGAAAAGAAUGGGAAAACAAUUGGUCCACUACAUGGGGUUCCAUUGUCGUUGAAAGAACAUUAUGAUUUCAAAGACCAUGUCACUCAUGCAGGUUUUGUUGGUUCUUUGGAUAGAGUAGCAACAGAAUUUUCAGUUACAAAUCAGAUUUUGUAUGAUCAAGGUGCUGUGUUUUAUAUUAGAACUACUGAACCACAAUGUUUGAUGCAUUUGGACAGUAUCAACAAUAUCACUGGUAGAGGAAGAAAUGCAUAUAAUACAUCAUUAAGUCCAGGUGGGUCAACAUCUGGUGAAGCUGCAUUAAUUGCAUUGAAAGGUUCACCUUUAGGUGUUGGAUCUGAUAUUGGGGGAUCAAUACGUUGUCCUGCUGCGUUCAACAAUAUUUGGGGUCUUAAACCAAGUACUAAGAGAUUAUCGCUAGUUGGCUGUUAUUUUGCUAGUUACAAUACAUUUCAAGAGUCUAUUGGAUGUGUUUUGGGUCCUAUGAGUAAUUCUGUUGAAGAUUUAGAAUUGUUCAUGAGGUCAUAUUUAGAUACCAAACCAUGGGUAAAAGAUCAAUAUUGUGUUCCAAUUCCUUGGAGAGAAGUUUCAACCCCCAAAGCUCAAGAACUGACCAUCGGUAUUGUCUAUGAUGAUGGUGUUGUUAAACCCCACCCUCCUGUUUUACGUGCGUUGAAAGAGGUUGAAAAUAAGCUUAAAGCUUCUGGUGUUAAUGUCGUCACAUGGGAUUCUCAUAGAGUUUACGAAGCUUGUGAAGUUGUUAACGCGUUAUACACCGCUGAUGGUAAUUAUGCAGCAAUUGGUAAACUGAAUGACUCUGGAGAACCAUUGGCUCCAUUAAGUGAACUUUAUCUACAAUUUGGUAAAGGUGAUAAGGGUCUAACUGUAACUGAAAACCAAUUCUAUAAUAAUACCAGAGAAGUUUUACGUCAUGAAUAUUCAGAAUUGUUUAAAAAAAGAGGUGUUGAUUUCAUUAUUGCACCAACAUAUGUUGGAACUGCUUCAAAACCUUCAUUAAUUAAAUACUGGGGUUAUACUUCAUUAUGGAACAUUUUGGAUCAAACUUGUGUCACAUUUCCAUCAGGUGUUUUUGGUGAUAAAUCAAUUGAUAAGAAGGACACAAGUUAUAAACCAAGAAAUGAAUAUGAAGAAUUUGAAUAUAAUCUUUAUGAUGAAGAUGAUUCUGAUGGUAUGCCAGUUGGAUUGACUCUAGUUGGUAAGCGUUAUACAGAAGAAGAAUCCUUAAAAGCUGCUAAAGUUAUCUCUGAUAUCUUGAAAGUUUGA